AUGACUGACUACUUCGAAUGGCUGGAGGCGACCGUUGGGACGGGGGCGCUGGACGGGGCGACGGACCCGGACACGCUGCAGCAGGCCACGUCGCAUCAGCAGAGGCGCGACGCCGUGCUGUGCCUCGUCGACUGCCAGCUCAGCAUGUUUCAUGGGGAGAGCUGCACCGGUGGCCCAGGCGACGCCAAUCCGGCGGCUGCCAACUCUGCGCGCGGCGGUGCUUGCGCUCGCGCAGUGCCGCUUCCUGCCGUCGCCCCGGGAUGCCUUGCACGGGGGGCCGCAACAACAGACGACUCGCUUCGGCUAGACGUGGACGGCAAUGGGGGCGAAGCGAGCGUGCGGCGGGGGGCGCACGUGGCGGCAGGAAGUGCAAAAGACACGGACUCUGAACUGGCAGGAAACCGCGCCAACACCCCUUUCCGGGACGCGGUCCGCUGUGUUCUUGGGCUCUAUCAGGACAAAGUGAUGAUGAGCGACAAGGACCUGGUCGCUCUGGCCCUUUACAACACCAAUGUGCGGCGUAACAUCUAUGACCUGCCCGGCCUCUAUAUUUUUCACCCCUUUGCUCUCCUCAGCGUUGAGGCUGUGCAGGAGUUGGAAGGGUUGGCUGCCGCGGGCGACGUGUCCUCAAAGGCGUAUGCGGAGUUCAAGAAAAAUGUUGGGCACGCGCAGGGAAAGGAGGAGAUCCAGCUGAGUGAGGUGUUAUGGGCCGCUCAGCACAUGUUCCUCAGUCUCCACUCCAACGUGAUUAAGUACCGUCGGGUUUUUAUCUUUACUAAUGAUGAUGCGCCUCACAAGGGUGACGCGCCUGAACUGGAGCGAUGCUUGGCGCGGGUGCGGGAGUUGUGUGAAGCCGAGGUGACAGUUGAAGUAUUUGCCAUAGGCGAAAACCCCGGCACCGGCGCAGCGGCAUUGGACAUGGGACGCGAAGACGCAACGUUUCGCGCGUCGCACAGGACAACGUGUGUGGCUGACGCCCCGCCACACGAUGACAUGGAUCGCGCUGAAGCCAUCGGGCGGCCCACAGGCGGCGUGUGUGCAGGGCGAAAGUUCAACCGCGAGAUAUUUUGGGAUCAGCUGCACCGCGGGGCGCUGCAGGGCGCUGAGGGGACGACGGGGCACGACCACGUCGGCGCCGUGCACAUGACGGGCGGCGUAGAGGUGUUUGACCACUUGCUCCACGCCGUGCGGCGUCGGACGCACCCGCAGCGGCCUUUCCAAAACUACACGCUCACCAUUGGCGUGGGCGUGGACGGGUCCCCGGUGCCCACGAUGGCGGUGAGCGCGUACCACCCGACCCUGCCGGUGCCCCCGCAGCGUGUGGAAUGGCUGGACCGCCGCACAAACGCCAUCGUGCCGCGACGGACACAACUCGUCGUGCGGAGGCCGCCUACCGCCUCCGACCCCCGUCGCUCGAGCAGGGCGGUGGCGGCGGAUGCAGCUGGGCGUGAACACCCGAGGCCAACUGAGCAGGAACAGGAACAGGAAAAGGACGAGGGGGAGGAGGAGGACACGGAGACGAUUGUGACGCCAGACCGCCUGCUGUACUCAACCGUCGUGGGCGGGCGGCGUCUCUUCUUCUCUCCGCAGGAACGACAACACAUCUUUCACACUGCGACGGCGGGGGCCGCUGUUGGCUUUUCUAUUCUGUGCUUUAAGCACGCGGGAGACGUUUUGCUGCACAGGCAUGCCAUCGCCAAGUCGACAUUCCUUCGUCCUAAUCCCCACGACGGUGGCGAAGCCUCGCUUCGCCUCUUCGUUCAUCUGACACGCACGCUUCUGCGACAGAAGAAAGUGGCGGUCGCGCAGUAUGUGGCCCGGCAGGGAGCGGCGCCGCGACUAGUUGCAUUGGCGCCAUCCCCUCCAGCCGUGUCAGUGCCAGAGCGCAGCCUCCCUGCGAAAGGACUCGGCUUGUAUGUUGUGCCGCUGCCGUACGCCGAGGACCUCCGUGCGGUGCCCUCUUUGCCGUGUUUUGGCCCCGCAACGGUUCCCUCGCAUGAGGACUUAGACGUGGCGGCGCGUGUUGUCGCGUCGCUUUCCGUGGCGUACGACAUCAGCGCGGUGCCAAACCCGUCUUUACAGCUGCGUCACCAAACUCUUCAGGAGAUGGCGCUGCGUCCCGUGGCGGUCUCCGGGGCGCUGCAGCCGGGCGUCGUGGCGGACAUGUCGCUGCCUGACCGCGUGGGGAUGGCGCAGCACGCCCCGCUGUUCCACGAGUUUGCCGCGAAGCUGCUGGGACCAUCGUACGGCGCGGAUCGUCUCUGCCCGCAACCCAAACGCGGCGGGAUAGCUGCCGCAAAGACGCCCCAUGCAGAAAAGGUGAACCGUCGCGAGCGCGACGAUGGCGUUGGCGACGCUGUGGUUCAUCUAGUGGAGGCGGCAUUUGAGCAAAACGCCCUGCCAACCCUCACGGUGGCGCAGUUGAGGGCCUAUUUGAGUGCCGUGGGGGAAAGUGCGGCCGGGGCGCGACGAAAGGAGGACGUGAUUGGGAUGGUGACACGUGCGCUGCUGCGGCGACGGGAGGGGGGAACGGCGCAGUUGCGGAGUGUCGUUUCUUCUUUGCGCAGAGGGCACGCGUGCUCCUUCGUAGGCGGCAGUCGGCAGUAA